AUGAGUUCCAACACAAAGGAAGGAAUCCGGAUUCGCAUUAUGAGACUGGAGGACUAUGAAAAGGUAAAAUCCUUUAUGAAGGAAGAGUACUUCACGGCGGAGCCCUUGUGCCAAUCCAGUGGUGAACCCGUUCAUCUCCAAAACGAGAAGGAGAACGACGCGAUUAACCUCUCGAUGAUUGCCCAGGGUACUUGUCUCUUGGCCCUCGACGAGAGCGAUGAUGACCAAAUUGUGGGCUUCGUCCUGGCAGGAGCCGAAACUUCCGAGGAUGUGGAAAGGAGCCGCCUGGUGGCCGAGUCACUCGAGAAUAACGCUUGGGGUCGUAUCUAUGCCAUAAUCAUCAAGGCCGAAUGCGAAGCCAAUAUUUUCAAGCGGUACGGAAUCUCGAAAGUACUUUAUUCCCACGUCACCAGUGUAGCCACCUCGAUGAGGGACAAGGGACUGGGUUCCCGACUUGCCGCCACUCUAAUAAACUUAGGCCGGUCCAAGGGAUUCCCCGCCAUGGUGGCCUACUGCACCAGCUUUUACUCUGCUCGCCAGAAGGAGGCCCUGGGAAUGGAGUGCAUACAUUCCAUGGACUAUGCCGACUACAAGGACGACCGGGGACGAGUGAUCUUCGCGCCGGCAGCUCCCAAUAUAUCGUUGCGAGUAAUGGCCAUAAAAUUUUGA